CCUGAGCUUCCGUCAAGCAACCGCUCUCGCUCCUUCACUUAUUACUUACGAAAAACUUUGCGAAGUGCAAUUUUAAGUGCGAUAUAAAUUGGUGAAUUCCGUGUUUGAAUUGGAGUGUUCGUGUUAUGCCAGAGCGAUGAUGCUGUUCUUGCAGUUUGUAGCAGUUGCGCUGUCGGCCACACUCGCCGCGUCCGCAGUUCCCGCCGCAUACCCUGAAGAAUAUUCCAGAAGUAUGGAAGCCAAUGAUGUCAGCGAUCAAGUGAUAGUGCCACAGAAGCGCGCAGCGCUGGUGCUGGACAGGCUGCUGGUGGCACUACAGAGGGCGCUACACGAGGGCGGCGCGCGCUACGAUGUAGACCGCGACGGCCCGCGCACCGCACCUCUACGUAUCUCUAACAUGGACACUAACGACUUGUCUGCGCUGCAGCGACGAGGACAGGGCUCCGGGCGCGGCCGGGUGCUGCGAUGCUACUUCAACGCGGUCACUUGCUUCUAACGCCUCACGC